GAACGACAGAGGCGGGGAUGUGAGCCGCGGUUGCGUUCAGUAGUGCGACCGAAGGGGAUUGAUUGUUGUAGCGAUCGAACGGAUUUCUCUCACACAUCUUUGGGCAGAAUUAACGAAUAUCAUGAGGGCUUCUCGAUUGCGCCUUCGCCUCAUGAUGCUACUGUCCUCACUGCUCGCUCUGGCAAUCUUUAAAAAUACCUUUAUAUCGUCUCGAUUUCUUACCAAGUACAUGGAAAGGCGCUAUCAGACCUGGUCUAGAAAUGAAUUCGAAAUUUCAGACCUGAAAAUGAAGUCAGUGACGACCUCUGAAGCAAGUACCAGACGUGUAGUCUCGCAUCUGGACGAUUCCAGAUAUUCUCCAAUCGCCCUUAGGGAGAGGGCUCUGGCUUUCUCUAAUACCUCUAACCUAGUGACGUUUCUAGUGGAGCAGGAACGCCGGAAGCACCAAGUUGCCGCCGUAUGCCAAGAAAACAGAGAGCCGUCUAGCAAUGAUCGCCCGCUGUAUCUUGUACAUGACAGUAAACACUCCUUGACGUACUGCCCUAUCUACAAAGCCGCCAGCACCUCGUGGUCCGUCUUGCUUCUGCAGAUGGCUGGGGUAACGAAGAGUGAGGCAGAAAACUUGCAAGUUCUUCUUGAAAAAGUUUUCCCAAGAGAACCAAAGACAAUUGAGUACAAGCGAACCCGUAAUACAACGAAAUUCGUUGUGGUUCGCCAUCCCCUCGAUCGCCUGGCGUCCACCUACCGAGACAAAUACCAGAACGCAAACAAGCCUUGGUAUUACAUUAAUUAUGGGCAGGAAAUGGUGAGGAUGUUUCGAGCCUUUCCUAAGCAGCUGACUAAAGCUGAGGUGCAAGGGCUUCAGUACCAGGUCGCUGCGAAGAUCCAGGCGGGGCAGCCCGUGGCCCUCCCCGGCAACCCGUUCGCGGACCCACUCGGCCCCACCUUCAGGGAGUUCGCGCUCUUCGUCGUCGCCUCGAGGCACGCCGACCCGCACUGGAUGGAGUUCCACGACCAGUGCGCAGUUUGCAACUUUGAUUAUGAUUUCAUUCUCAAGUUUGAGAACCUACAUGGCGAGUCCGAGCAGUUCCUGGACUACCUGGACCGCGGCUCGGAAGCGACUCUGCAGAGGAGAAACUCGGGGCGGAAGCCCAGCAGCUCGUCCGCUGACACUGGCUGUUCCUUCUUCGACCAAAUUUCGGUCAGACUCAUCGGGCAGCUUGUUGCGAAGUACGAAAAGGACUUUCAACUCUUUGAAUACAGCCCGGAUGAAUACUAUAAAUGUGCUUCGGAUUAUACGAAGUUGCAUUAAGAAUCAGCUACAAUUGCACGCACGCACACACACAUACACACACAUAUAUAUAUGUCUGCGCUCUGACUGCUUGCUCGAGCCCGAGAAAACAACAUAUCGCCUUGAGAAGUCAAACGCGCCGAACCGCGAUUGAUUAGGAAGGGCAUUCAAUCAGGCAAGUGUGACACUGCCAUAUAACCUUUCAAUAAUGAAUUGAGAGAGGCCUAUGUCCUGCAGUAGAAUGAAUGGCUGUUGAAUAUAUAUAUAUACAUGUAUACACACACACACACACACACACACA